AUGUUGAAAGUUCGGAGAGAAGUGAAAAAAAAUCUGAAGAUGAAGGUAUUUCAGACCAUUUGCAGGCAGCUAAGAAGUUCCAAGGGGUUUUCUGUAAAACCAGCCGCCCUUGUGGAUUUUUCUACUUCUUCUUAUUUAUGUGGCCGGAAGAAAAAAGUGAACCCUUAUGAAAAAGUGGACCAAGAAAAAUACUCUCAUUUAGUACAGUCUGUCGUGUCAUUCAAAGGCCGUGCCCAGACCCCAGAAUCAUUGCUGGAGGAAGAUGCUUUACUCUAUGGACCUGUGAGCAAGAGUAAAUCCUCAAAGCAAGAUGUCUUUUUACAAGGAAAACAGUUCCAUCAAGCCUUGGAAAGCAUACUUUCACCCCAGGGGAACUUAAAAGAAAGAGAUGAAAAUCUCUUCGAAUCUGGCUACAUUGAAAGCGUCCAGCAUGUUCUGAAAGAUGUUACCGGAGUGCGAGCUCUUGAAAGCGGUGUUCAACAUGAGACCUUAAAGUAUGUAGGUCUGCUGGAUUGUGUAGCAGAGUAUCAGGGCAAGCUGUGUGUGAUUGAUUGGAAGACAUCAGAGAGACCAAAGCCUUAUAUCCAAAAUACAUAUGACAACCCACUGCAAGUUGUGGCAUACGUGGGUGCCAUAAACUAUGAUGCCAACUAUAGCUUUCAGGUUCAGUGUGGCUUAAUUGUGGUGGCCUACAAAGUUGGAUCCCCUGCCCACCCACACUUCAUGGAUGCAGAGCUCUGUUCCCACUACUGGGCCAAGUGGCUUCUUCGACUAGAAAAAUAUACAGAAAAGGAGAAGAAUCAGAAUAUUGAGAAACCAGAUUAGGGGCAGGAUGCCAUUUGGGAACAUUCAGC